CAAAAUCUAUGGAAAGGUUUGUCCUGGAAGUGAGGAAAAAGACGGCACUGAACUUAUGUUCCUUAGUUCCUAAUACUCUAUACCACAUGGUGUGUGGUAUCUAGCUGAACAAAACUACCAGCAACAAAACAACAAAACAAUGAUGACAAAAACAAUGUUUGAAAUGGGAGGAAUAAAAGGAGUCAAAACUAAUCAUUCUUUACAAGCAACUGCAGCGACCCGUUUAUACAAAGAAGGUGUUGACGAACAACUGAUAAUGGAACGCAUUGGUCACCAUAGCAUCGAUGGAGUGAGAAGCUACAAGAGGACAUCACAGCUGAACAAAUGAUUGAGAUAUCAGAUAUUUUAGUGAACACUCAAAAUACUCAACAAACAAAAAACAAACAAACAAAAAAAAUUCUUUCAGUAACUGCACAAAUUAAUUUUGAGCUCCGCCCCGUUGUCCAUUUGGCACUUUUUAUUUUUGCUUAGUCACGCUGUUGAUUCCGAGGAGUGCCGAGGUUGGAUGACCUCGGAUGAAUCCAAUGAUGAAUGACUUGACUCUUCUUUUAUCAAUUAGAUCUUUAUAAUCUACAGUACUGUAUAACAAUUUUUAUAGACCAGUUGUACUUUCUAACCGCAUGCGCUGAUUCGCGCCACGGUGAUUUUGAUUUGAAAUUAUGAUACUGAUUUGCGGUUUUUUUCCUUCAUUCGGCGGUAGCUAUAAUAGUCAUGGCAGGGUUUGUUCCUCGUGCUGAUAAAGUCUGCCUUCAAUAAGCAAGGCAUACUUUUGUGAACUUAUUUCUUUGUCCACCCACUCCAGUAUAGUUUUAAACUGAAUUCAACAUGGCCUCUCAUUCACUUGUAUUGACAAAAAAAGCUUAUUCGAUUUUAGAAAUUUCUGAUGCGCAGCAAAAGCAACAAGCAAAACGGUCAGACACAGAAACAAGAGCCAUGGAGAAUCAAUUUGCUUGUUUCGUUGCGACUCGAUUAGGAGUAAAAUUUUUGUACUGUGAAUCAAGGUUGGGUGCCAUUUAUGGAAGUAUUAAAGGAGAUCGAAGAGAAAUCCUCCACUCAGUUGUUGAGAGACUUGGCUUUCUUAAGACACAAGGCCUUAACCCAAGUGAAGUUGAUCUAUCAAAUGCUUUGUUACAACAUGGUAUAUCUUCUUUAAGUAUCUCACACAAACCUCCUGAUCAACUUGAUUCACUUGAAAACAUUUUUAAAAUGGCACAUGACCUCAGGCUCGUUGAUAUGAGAACUAUACACGAUGAACCAUACUCUGAUCAUCUGAUUCAAAAGUUCUCAGCAGCUGUAUAUCUUAGUCGGGAGCCACUGAUGACUCUUAUUGAAUUCAUUAAACAAAAUAUAAUCAGUCAAAACAACAAAUUAACGAUACGAGUAGAAGAUGAACAUGAAGUAAAAGUGGGAAAGGAUUGCAGUGAAGUCCUUACGUACGUAUUUGGACUAGCAAAAAGUGGGUUAAACGAUAGUUUAUCUGACGCCUUGCCUUCAAUCAUUCAGUUUAUGUGUCAGACAAUCGUCACUACUGAGCCUAUUGUUGAUGACAGAAUAGCUCUUGUUAUUUUAGCAUGUCUUCGACAAGCACAAGAUUUUACACUGUGUAGAAAGGUUCACCAUGAACAUUUUAAAAGACAAAUCUUCUCAUACCAAUUUAGUUUUUUAGAUUUGACGGAUUUAGCCUAUUACUUGUCCUGUACUACUUCAGAACAACAAUCAUGGACAAUAUAUUAUAAUGACAAAGUUACUGGAAAUGCUGUUUCUUCUUUCGUGAGCCAUAUCAACAAACAAUACAAAAUAACUGUGCAUUCUAAAUUGCAGCCUGACAUCACAAUGAAAGAACAAGGAAGAAUUAUCAUUAGCAAUAGAAAUCUCGAUCACUUGAAGAGUGUUCUACUGUCAUCAGUAGCUUCUAUCCAGUCUGACAUGUCAAUGGUACUAGGAAUGGAGGCUAUGCAAGAAGGAAUAUCACCAACUCCUCGUUUACCUUCUGAUCCCCCCAGUACACUGGCUUUUUCAGUUUCUCCUCUACCAUAUAAGUUUGGUUAUAUUUCAAAAGUGAAGUAUGAAGCAAUGCAAACUGCAGAAAACGUCACGUAUUUUAACAUGGUCAAAGAUGUCAUGGCUACCUCGCUCCAGUCUUAUUCAAGACAACCGCUAGAGUGCCAGUAUCGUAAAGCUGAUCACAUUUGGAUCACUGGCAGUCAGUCCUUGAGACAUCAUUUCUAUAAAAAUGUCCUCAUUGCACCUUAUGUCCCCAUGCACUGGGUCAAGGUCAAGCAACCUGAUGGAAGUGCAGAGUUGGAAGCCAAAUAUGAAGGAAGAGCCAACGCUGAAAUGCAAUCAGACAUAGUCUCACCUGAGACCUCAGAAAUAGUUCUUCUUAAUUCUCAUCGCUACACUCAAAUAUCAAUCACCACUUUAACGGGUGAACAAUCAGUCAUUUCUUUAUAUAAUAAUUCAGAAGAGGCUGAGCCCCCUGGUUUUAUUGGCUGCGAUUAUCUAGCACCUGCUCAUGAGGUGAAAAGAAAAGUACUUUGGAAGGAAAUGAAACCGUUUGAUAUUGUGAAAGACGAGAGAGUUGGGAGAGAGUUACCACUUCCCUCGAAGAGAGGGACUGAGUCUGGGGAUAUGACAGCAACUACUGCAUCUAAAGCUUUGGACGAUGAUCCUGACAGAUUCAAACCAUCUACUCGACCAACCAGUUCAGUUUAUGAUACGACUAAGAGCACAGCUGGUGGUAUCCGUCCACUAGGUGUGACUACCGCCAACGAGCAACAGAUUAAGAGACAAGCUUUAGAGGCUUUUGAUACUGCUGGUCAAUGCUUUUAUGGUGAUAAUAUUAAAUUCUUCAGUGGAAAGGUUUAUACACAACCUAAUGCAUUACCAGGAGCAAGAGUGUUGAGGGAAGGAGGAAAUGGACUUAUAUUAGAGAUAUAUUAUGAAGGGACACCAUAUGCUGUAAAGAGAACUGCCUUCAGAUGGAGAGAGAUCCUGAUCAUGCCUAAACUACACCAUGAGAAUAUUCUACAGCUAACGGCCAUGUUGAUGGGCCCUCCCAUUGAAGGGUAUCCAAGGAGACGAUAUGUUUAUCAUUAUUAUCCUCGAAUGACAAAUGAUCUCGGCCGACUGAUUGGUUCUUACGAGAAAUAUUGUUUAAGGACUUUAAAAGAUAAAUUUAAGAAUGAAAAAUUACUACUAAAUAAAAUAUUGAGCAAUUUUAGGUUUGUUGCUAGGGAAUUACUCAAAGGAUUAGAUUAUCUCCAUACUCUACCAAACCCGAUCGUCCAUCGGGACAUUAAACCGUCCAACAUAUUAGUAUUAACUGAUUGUGACUGCCCCAACCCUCUGGCCUGUGUCUGCAGGAAAAGGCCAAGAAUUGUUUUAUCUGAUUUUGAUGCGAGUCUUGAGCUCGCUACAGAUGGUACUCUCCACCCUGAUCCUCCUCGCUCUCUCAUGACUCAAGGGUUCUACAUAUCCUCCGAGAGAACCUACCACAUUUCCCCUGUCGGUACAAUUGGGUUUAAGUCUCCUGAAGGUUUCAUUCACAUGAUUGGUAACAGUGCUGAUGUGAUGCCUGUACUAACCACUAAAGCUGACAUAUUUAGUUUUGGUCUUGUGAUGCUAUUAAUAGUACUAGCUGAAGAAGGGCCUAGGAGUAUGUCUAAAAUGGGUGUGUUGCUAUUGUCUCUUAAUACUUCAAAAAUGAAAGUUGAUUGUACUCCAAAGUCUCCAAUGGGCACUGUAACUAUCACUGAUAAAGAUAUCAAUAAAAUAUUACCAUUUCACAGAUUAAAGUCAGAAUUUACUGCUAGUCUUCCAGCUGUUGUUGAAUUCAUCACUAAUUCCUUAGAAAUUGAUCCAGAGCAUAGGCCAACAGCUAAAGACCUCUUACGUCAUCCGUUUCUUGAUGAAACAGGGAAAUACUGAUUACUAAGUGCUGUCAUACCUUAAAGAAAAUAAGCUUUAGGGUUCAACUUAAAUUUUAGAUGUGCAAUGUCUGCAUGUACUUGUGAAACUGCAGUAGUAUUUUAAUCAUGAGUAUUUUGCAAUUCACUCUAUGUAGCUAUAACGU